AUGGUCAAAGGCCUUGGGGAUUUCUUGGAGGGGAGGGCCACUCUGCGCGAAUGGUGGCUCGACAUAGGAACUACCGAGGCAGGUCAACAGGAGGAUUCAAAAGACAGUUUAAAAGAUGAAGAAGCGCAGCACAAUAAGAAGGGCGAACUGAACCCGGAUUUGGAACCAGCGUCAGCACCCAAAGAGCGGAUAUCUGCCCAGGGAGCCAUAGAGCCUGAAGUCAUGAUGGAACCUAAAGUCGCAGAUCAGUUCGGAUCCCUAGACAGCUCUUUAUGCUCGUCUCAUCCCAAACCUGCGGUAGAAGCUCCUUCCAAAGGCCAAGCUGAUGCCACAGUUGGAUCGCGACCAGUCUUGUCAAAGCAGAGAGGGGGUGUUCAACCGCUCAUGCCAAAUACCUCCGCGACGCUUGACGGUGCACAUAACGUGUUCCCUACACCAAACAGAGGAGAGGACCAGCAUCCAGGCAACUUAAAACAAAGCCCGAGGACACUGAAGGUAGAUUGGCAGGAAGCUCAGCUUUCUAAAAACAUCAAAGAGAUGUUCUCGCGUGCCAGUAACAUUAUCCGGGAUUGCAUCGAGGUUGAUGGGACAAUCUUUCUAGAUGCUAGUAUCGGUGUGUUUGGAGGAGACAUAGACGAGUCGCAUACGACACAUGGUCCAUCAGAACUCAUGGGAGGGCAAAACCAAGAGUAUAAUGCAUCAAGCGCGGAAAAUGCUGGUAAUUCAGAGUCAUUGGAAGGAAGCCUUGCCGAUAGGAAUGGCAGUCAACGACCAAAGAAAACAUUGCAUGAUGGGGACGAUGACGACGAUGACUACCAACAAAAGACCUGUGGGGUACUAGGAUUUUCGAUAGGAGGAAAAUCCAGCUUGCGGGGGGAUGAGGCUUCUGAAGGAUAUAAUCCAGUCGCCGAAGCAUUUCUCCAGAAGCUUCUUCACAAGUACCCCCAUGGACAUGUAUUCAACCUCGACGAGGGAGACCCCAGGAAGAACGACCAGGUUUCGCAACCACGAAGCCGAAAAUCCAGAAAAUCCACCAAACAGGCGGAAGCGAAAGCUCUUCUUCAGAUGCUUCCUGGUGCUCUCAGUGUCGUGUUAUUUCCGUUAUGGGAUUCUCAUCGAGGACGAUGGUUCGCGGCAAGUUUUGUCUGGACUACUCGAUCAACACGGACACUCACACAUCCUGAAGACUUAAGCUAUCUCGCUGCUUUUGGAAACAGCAUCAUGGCGGAUGUUGCUCAACUAGACACAAUGGCUUCAGAUCGAGCCAAGUCGGACUUUAUCUCGUCCAUCAGCCAUGAACUCCGCUCCCCCCUUCAUGGCAUCCUUGCCUCUGUAGAGUUUCUACAGAAUACAACGGUAGAUUUGUUCCAGAACAGCAUGAUUGACACCAUCGAAAGAUGUGGAAGGACUCUUCUGGACACAAUCCAACACGUGCUAGACUUUGCAAAGAUCAAUAAUUUCACUAGGCCCAAAACGAAUAAGCAAACUGAUGAAGGGUCAUCUAGCAAAAACCCCCCUUCAAAAAGGAUAGGGUUAAGCGUCGACAUCGAUCUUAGCAUGAUUACCGAGGAUGUCAUCUAUUCUGUGCAUGCAGGCCAUGUAUUUCAAGGCAAUUCCUCGCUCCUAGUAGACGACGAAGUGAGCGGUUUUCCUUCUGAAGGCUUAAGGAGAACUGGGAGCAGCGACAACACUGCGGUACCCGGUCCGCCCGCAUUCGAGAAAAAGCAGCUUGAAACUAUUUUGGACAUUGACUGGCGAUCGAAUUGGGCUUUCAACACACAAUCCGGAGCUUUGAGAAGAGUUGUGAUGAACCUCUUCGGUAAUGCAUUGAAAUACACAGAUGCAGGGUGGGUCAAGAUAUCCCUUCGAUCUGAAGACAUCAAGCCAACAUCACCAUCUCACCCUCACCCUCAACCUCUAGUGUCCAUCAUUACGAUCAUAGUCAGCGAUUCUGGCAGGGGAAUAUCUCAAGAGUUUAUGCACAGUCAUAUAUUUACGCCCUUCACGCAGGAGAACCCCCUGAAUUCAGGAACUGGGCUUGGACUCAGCAUAGUGCUGCAAAUUGUGCGCUCGCUCGGGGGUACAAUCGACAUUACGAAUGUUUCAGAAACAUCUAGCAUGCCUAACAUCAAGCCGGGGGCAUCAUCCCUCAAAGCGUCACUCGAGGACAUGUGCACUAUGUGGUUCAAUAUGAAAGUUACGGCGCCGCAAUCAUGGCAGGCCUCGCCACCAGAUAUUUACAUUGCAAAUGAAAAACCCGAGCCAUAUUGUACGGAUUUUGGAGCUCCAGUUAUUGUACUAUGUUCCAAUGCAUCCGUGUAUCACGCGUACGCUCAGGGCUCCCAACAUGAUGACAAGCGACUUGUCUACUUUAUAUCUAAGCCAGAGCCUUCUGUAGAAAGCGAGCCUUUGUCACCUACCACCGAUGUUAUCAAAGCUAGGAGACGAAACCCCGUGCUCCUCUUAGUUGAGGAUAACGAAAUCAAUAUGAAGCUUCUCGAAACCUUUACAAGGAAGAACGGCUACGAGUAUGACACCGCGGUGAAUGGCCAGUUAGCGCUGGAGGCCUUUCAAAAUGCGCAGUACUUCUAUGACAUUGUGUUCAUGGGUAAGCAAACUAGCAUAUUCAGCGAUGUUGCCAUCCUAACGGGAAAAAAAAUAGACAUCUCGAUGCCAGUCAUGAACGGAAUGGACUCUACGCGAGGCAUUAGAAAAUUAGAGCGUGCGAGAGGGCAGAAACCUGCAACAAUUAUUGCUUUGACCGGACUGGCGUCCGCCGACAUUCGACAGGAGGCGUUCUCCAGCGGAAUGAACCUUUUUUUAACAAAACCGGUCCGUUUCAAUGAGCUCCGGAAGAUUCUGGACGAUUGGAGCCCAGAUAUGGAGCAAGACAUUACAUCACAGAGCAAUGUAGGAACAGAUGAAUGA